AUGCGAUCUGACAGUUCGGGAGUAGCCAAAGCCACCGUGUACCCUCCGAACGGGGCUGGCUCCCCACAGGCCCGCCACAACUUUGACCUCUCCAAGUCAGCCCUGUCAACCCACAAUGGCCAAUACAUUGAGCUUGACGAUUUUGCUUCAUCGACGAAUCCAGUCCACAAUGAUCGUGGACAUGUGACUUCUAAAACGGGCCGGCGUUCAAUAUACAUUCCGAACACCUUCUGGACACGUUCGUUUGCUACUGCUGUGAUCCUCGAGACGCUGGCCACAGUCGGGAUUGAAAGCUGGGUAUUCAUCAGCAUCUCAAAUCAACUUCUCAAACUCGAGAAAGAAGAUGGGGCAACCCGCCUCCGAUCGUUUCUUGGCCUUUACAUCUUCGCACUUCUCUAUGAGCUUGCGCUUUCUUAUGAUGCUUUGCGUCGCAAAAACACGUUUCAGCUGGUUGGGCUCUGUAUCUGCAACUUUGGGCUUCUAGCCUAUGGCGUCUUGCAAAUGAACGAAAUCAAGGACACUAUCACAACUAUGGUUGCAGAUUCUGCACGCAGCAACGAGAUUUGGGCGAUGUACCGGAUCGAACUCAUUCUGGUUCCAGUCCUUCUGGGUCUCGGCACUACCGUUAUGAUUUUCGUGACGUGGAAACUCCGCGCGGAGUUCUCCUGGUCAAUUUAUAAAAACAUCAGCGCGGACCUACAAAUGAAUCGCCGAUACACCAUUUACCAAGUCUACAUUGCCCUUCUCAAAUUUGAUUGGUUUUUUAUCUUUGGAACACAACUCCAGAUUCUCCUUUCCAUUCAACAUCUCCAAAAUGACCAGUUCAUUAUCAAUGCGGCAUCGGUUCCCGUUGCCAUACUGGCCCUGGUGCUGGCGGCUCGAUUUUGUCGUCGAGAGAAACGAAAAUCUCUCUUCAUAGCCAUGGUUUUGUUGGGCGGUAUAAUAGCAAGUUUCAUCAAAACAUUGCUUCAAAUGAACAAUUCAUAUGAUAGCAGCGGUUUGAGCGCGUACAAGACCUCCCUCACACUGUUCGCGUCGAUUGCAAUUGUUCUGAUCACCACGACGCUUAUCAACUCGGUGUGGUGUAUGUUGAAUUUUAAUAAAGGACUAAAGGAUUACAUCGACCAAUCUCGAACGAAGCAGCCGGUUUCGAAUCCAGAAGGCGCUUGGAAUCAAGAGAUCAAUUCACGUUUUGUACUGAAUUAA